GGGGGUAGUGCGGGGGUUCCUGUGUACUCUGUGGCUCCUUUCGGGCAGCCCGCCGGCCUGAGGGCGGUGUGAAGCUUGGGAAGCCCCGAGCUCUGAACGGUCGUCGACUCCGGGCUCUUUCCCCUCGUUUUCCUCUGCCGCCAGCUCCCCCUCUGUGGGGAGGGCGGAUAGUUCAGCCCCACCAACAUGGCCGCCACCAUGAAGAAAGCGGCUGCAGAAGAUGUCAAUGUAACUUUUGAAGAUCAACAGAAAAUUAACAAGUUUGCAAGAAAUACUAGCAGGAUCACAGAGCUGAAAGAAGAAAUAGAAGUAAAAAAGAAACAACUUCAGAAUUUGGAAGAUGCUUGUGAUGACAUUAUGAUGCUUGAUGAUGGUGACUCACUUCUGAUACCCUACCAAAUUGGAGAUGUCUUCAUUAGUCAUUCCCAAGAAGAGACGCAAGAGAUGCUGGAGGAGGCAAAGAAAAGUUUACAAGAAGAAAUUGAAGCGUUAGAAUCCCGAGUGGAAUCAAUUCAGAGGGUGUUAUCUGACCUGAAAGUUCAGCUCUAUGCAAAGUUUGGAAAUAACAUAAAUCUUGAGGCUGAGGACAGUUAAAGGUGUUCUAAAUAUACCAUACAACUUUUCCUUGACUUAUUAAAUGUUUUGAUAACAUUGUUCCCAUCACAUUUUAAAAAAAAUUACCACUUUUUUUUUUUUUUUUUUUACUUUCCUGUCUUGGGUUCCAUCUAUUUAAUGAGAACUUUCUUAUUUUGGUUAUUGCAAUUAUUUAUUUGUUCAGGAAAGCAUUAGCUUCAUAAUGUUGGUAAAGCAUCAAGAUUGGAAUAUUUGCAUUGUUUAUUAAAGUAAGAAAGUCAGGCACAUAUUUGUAGUUUCCUUGGUCUUGUUUUCCACUCAUUAAAAUACUUAAGUAUUUAAACAAUAGAAAUGGAGAAUUUUUGAUUUGCACUGUAAUGGCUGUUCUUGAUAAAAGUUUCUCUAACUCAUAGGGCAUGAUUUAGCUGUAAUGCUAUUUUUAGCUACUUUUAGCAGCCCUCCUGGAAAUACUGAAUCUAUCCUUUGUCUUUCACUCUUAGCUCAGAUAGCAUAAACACUGUUAGCUCAGUGAGCAACGUGGCAAGAAGUUGACAGGGGAGAAGGGGAAGGAGGGCUCUGUAAAGCUCACGUUGGUAUUGAAGAAAAGCUUUUGGAGUCAUAGUCAGUAAUUUACAGCUUUGUAUUUGGGAAUCACAAAAGAUGCUGUAAGUGAGAACGGUGAGUCUUAACUUCUAAUUUUCCUGAACAAUCAUUUUCUAAAUCCAGAUACAUACGUCAAGUUAAUAUAAGAAUUGUUUAUAUGUGAUGUUGCAAUGUCAGCAUCAAUCCCUGGAACUAUGCCUCCAUCACUAUGGGGAGUUGAAUGUAAUUUGUAAAUGUCUUAAUUUGCUGACUCCUUACAUCCUUAAUUUGCUGUACAUCCUAUAUCCUAUAAAUCUGCUUUUGUACUUUUGCCUGCUUUGAUUAAUGUAUUGUUCCAUGGAAAUACAUGCUCACUAUGACUUUGUUUUUAAAAAA